UGUGCUGGGACAUGGAUGGGGCUGGGUGGGUGCCUGUGGGAUGUGGCAUUUGGUGCUGUGUUCCCACGUGGCGCUUGUGUGGAUGGCCAGGGAAGGGUUAAUGCUGGUGAGCGGCUCAGUGUUCAUUGGGGCCACGCGUCCCCCCACCCAGGGGGAACUCCCUGGUCCCCCUUCCUUCAUCCCACCAUGGAGGCCUAUGGGGCAUCCACAGCCCCCAGCCCAUCUGCCUCCCCAGGGCUUGCGGUGCUGGGCUUUAGCUCUAGCUCUGUGCAGCAUUCCACCUCUCCAGGACUGAUUCCCUGCUCCAUCCUGCCCUCCUCUGCAUCCUCACCCCAUCCCUCCCCACACUUCUCAGAAAAUGUUGGCAGAGGUGGGGAACGUGCCCAGGUGCACCCACGGCAUGGGGCUGAGGCACACAGCCCCGCUCCCCCUUGGAAAACGCUUGCCUGCUGAGCGCAGAUUGCUUUUAUCCAAACCCAAUUUCCUAGCAGGGCUCCAGGAGUCCCAGGGGACUCCCUCCCUCUGCCGAGCAGGGGGGAAAUAUCUGAGCUGGUUUCUGUUAAUUGGUUUAAUUUAUUCAGCGGUGCAGAUGUAAAACAUUUUGUUAUUGGAGAUAAUUCCACCUUUUCUGAAGUCGGGAAUCAAACGCAGCGGCUCCAGGUAGCCGACAAUGAAAUAAAUUGAAGGCAACACUUUAAAGGGGAAUCAAAGUGCUGGGCUAGAACAAUUCCCCCAUUUACAUGACAUUUUUCCACGAUGCCAUUUCCCGCUGACGCAAAUUGCCGAGGCCGCCUCGUCGGCCCCUCCUUCGCCCGCUCAUCUCCGUGUCUCUCUUGUCUCCCCGGUGCGUGCGGGGCCGCGGUGCCGCGGCACAGGCCAGCCCCGCCGGACGGCCCCGAGCCCGAGGAGCGGCCGGUGUCGGUGUUGAGCUCCCUCAGCUACAGGAAGCGGCCGGGCCUCAAGGACUCCAUAGGCGGCCGCGGGGAUGAGCAGACGCUGUUCAGCGCCCUGGGCGAGCGGCCGCCUUCCCCCGAGCGCCCUCCGCGCCGGGCGGCCCGCGGCGGCGAGCCCCAGGACCGGGCGGCCGUCAUCGCCCGCGCCUUCGCCGACGCCAGCGGCCGGGCUCGCCAAGGGCUGGACAAGCGGUGGUCCCUCUCGGCCACCGACGUAGAGAAAGCCUCUGUCGCCUCCGCCCCAGUGAGCCGCGUCUCCUCCGCCUCCUGGCGCGGGCUGGAGGACGGCGAUGAUGGGGACGAGGGGUGCUCGGUGCUGAGCUUCGCCCUCUCCAGCCCCGGCAGCUUGCGGAGCCGGCGCGGGGGCCCCGAGGGCCGCCCUGAGUCGCGGCUCUCCCUGGCCCGCAGCCGCCUGGAUGAGGCGGACGAGGGGUCCCGCGGGCAGCCCCUCUUGGGGCGCAGCUUCUCUGUGCCCCCACGGCCCCGCAGCGCGGCCUCCGAGGAGGAGGGUCCUGGGGACGCCCGUCCCGUGCGGCACCGCUCCUACCUCGACCCAGACCUGGAAGCCGCCAUCCAAGAGGUGCUGAGCUACCGCCCGCUGCAAGCCAGGGGCUACUCCAGCCCCGACUCGGGGGACGACGGCCGGAGUGUCCGCAGUGUCAGGAGUGUCCGGAGUGCGGCCCCUCUGGGCGCCGCUGACCGCCCCUCCGGCAGCCUGCGCCGCUCCGCAUCCGCCCUCGACUUCUCCCGGAACACUUGCCGGUGCCGCAGCAGCUCGGGCUCCUCUGAGGAAGAGGAGGAGCAGAAGAAGAAGAGCUCCAAGAAGCGUGCCAAGAAAAGCAAGAAGAAAUCCAAGAAGAAGAAGAAGAAGCAGCAGUCAUCAUCCGAGUCCAGUUCCUCCUCCGAGUCCUCCUCCGGCUCCACCAGCUCCUACCGCAGCACCUCCAGUGUCAAGAAGGGCCCACGGGGGGCGGGGAGCGAGGAGCCGACACGUCCUGCCCGGGGCAAGAAGGAGGAGAAGCAGCGGAAAAAGCAGGUGGACAACCUGAUGAUGAAGUACCUGUACCGUCCCGAGAGCGACUGAGGUGGGAGCGGUGUGUGCCGUGCAGCAUGAACCUCCCCGUGUGCCACUAACCGCUCGCCCUAACCCUCUCCUGACUCCGGAGUUCUCCUCCGCCGGCAUGGGGCACCCCGGGAUGGGGCAGCCCUCUGUGCCUGCAGCAGCCCUGCUUUGGGCAUCUCCAUCCGUGGGGAGAUCCCCGGCAUGGCCGCAGCGGGACCGGCAGCUGCCCAUGCUGCCAGGACGCAGCGUGGUCAGGAUUAGCAGCUGCGGGACACCAGGAAGUGCUAAUCCCUUCCUGGCUCCCCAGCCAUCGGCCAGGACACAUCUGGAUUUAUUCCUUCAGGAAAUUUUUAAGGGUUUGAUGGACACAGCCCCCAGGAGCAGAGGGGAGUGGGAUGGGUACUAACAUGCACCCACUGCAGUGUGUGAACAUGGGGGGAGGCAGCACCCAUGGGGGGGGGGGAACCCAGGUUGGGCUGCUGGAGCUCAGAGUUGCCCUGUCUUGGGUGCCUAUGAUGGGAAUUCGGGGUGUGAAUGGCAUCGACCUGCAGGACUCUGGAGCUCUGCACACUGUUUGAUGCAGAGAGGGUGUGUUUGGGCUCGCUGGCAGCAAUUUCAGAGCAGGCUUCAUCCUUUCUGAUGGCUGAAUAGGAGAACGGCUGGAGGAAGGGAAAGAAGCCUUUUGGAAAUGUGGUUGCCUUGGGCUGUCUGACCCAGAGGAGGGGAAGGCAUCAUGGGGUACCAGGGAGCAACACCCCCAGCACCCAGCCCUGGGCUCGGGUACAAGCAGGACCCUCAGAGUGUCUGGGAGCACUGGUGUUGGCAUUCAGGGCCACGAGCCUUUUCCUGGGCAGGCUCAGCUCAGCCCCACUGCAGAGCAGGGGCUCAGCUCAGCGCAGCGAGGAGUUGUUUGCAGUGAGGCAUGUCCCAAAUAUCUCGGAAAGAAUAAAAAAGGAGGCAAUCAAGGCUCCAUCCAGCUGGCUGCCAGCGUGCUGGCUCACCACAGCUCCUGCUGCAGCCGGAGGGGAGUUGAGCUCAGCAGCCAAGCCAUGCUGGGACACGGAGCCCCUCGUCACCCCCCUCUAACCCCGCUCUCUC